AUGCCUUCCCACAAGUCCUUCCGGACGAAGCAGAAGCUCGCGAAAGCGCAGAAGCAGAACAGACCCAUCCCACAGUGGAUCCGCCUGAGGACCGGCAACACGAUCAGGUAUGGCGCUCGAAACUAUACUCAAGAACGAAUGGAAGCAAUGGAAGCAAUGGAAGAGGAUGGAAGAGCUGACCACCGCAUCACAGAUACAACGCCAAGAGGAGACAUUGGCGCAAGACCCGUAUCGGCAUCUAGACGACUCGCCUCGACACCCAUCACCACGAACGACAAUACGACGAAUUCAGCGAGGAGAGUUGUGCUGCUGUGCGUGACGGCAGGAUGGGCGGGCAUGGAAGGCGAUGAGCUGGACGAAGGAAGCAUGAAGGGCGUUCAUACGGAGGCUGUCAUGUAG